GUGCGAGUCACCUGAUAGACCAUGGGUUCCAGUCAACAUGGCUGACAUUUAGCAACACAUACCAGUUCCUGCUCUACAGCGGUUUGUGGUGUUCUACAACAGCGAUCCGACCAGAAGGAGAGCAUUUAUACUUGCUUCCCCUUCUUCGCACAGUCAUAGAGACGCCGUGAUAACCCGUUUCUCAAUAAAUGACCAAAACUAUCACACAGCAUGAAGAGCUGGAGCAGGAAACUCAAGGCACAGGAGUCUGACAGCGAGGUAGGAGUCUCUUCUGGUAAGAGGAACUCCAUUAGUGAACCAGCAGUGCCUGUGUGGGUUAAUCACUCACCCACUCCCAGUAAUAUCACAGAUGAGGAUGAUGAUGAAGACUCCACAGGCUGCACAUCCAGCUCUUUACCAAAUGCACCAAAGAAGAAAAACAAAAUGGGGAGCAUGAAAGACAGGCUGAAAUCCAUCAUACCGCCAUCAUGGAGGGGCAUCAAGCUCAAACCAACAGGACAAUAUGAUAGUGAUGCAGAAGAUAGCAUUAGGGGGAUUAAUAUUCUUCCAAAUGGGACUAGAGUAAGCCCGCCUGUAAGUCCCCUGUUAGGGCGCAAGAACUGUACAAGUUCACUUGGAACCGCCAGCCAGAAUUCCCAUAAACGUCUUCUUGUUGAUGAAGGCAGCAGAGAAGAAUCUUUUAUUUCCAGCAUCCACCCUGCAGAGUACUACGCUGAGAAGCUGGAGGUCUAUAACCUGAAGUACUCUUAUCUAAAAUCAUGGCCAGGUCUGCUCAGACUGCUGGCAGGACUUGAGCUCCUGUUUGGAGGAAUGGUAUUAGCAUGUGUCAUCGCCUACGUUAAGAAAGACAGCGAAUGGUCCAACACCUACGGACACUACAAUGGCAUUUACAACAAUGGUCUCAGUGUGUCUGGGUACAGCUACAAUGGCCCUAUGACCCUCUUUGUCCUGGUUGUAGCUGGUUUCUCCUGGAUACUCACCUUCUGUCUUCUGGUGAUUGGAAUGUCUAUGUAUUACCGCACCAUACUCUUGGACGCCUCCUGGUGGCCCCUGACAGAAGCCUUCAUUAAUGUGGCACUGUUUCUUCUCUACAUGGCAGCAGCCAUCACAUACCUCAACGAUUUAAACCGUGGAGGUCUGUGCAACAUGACAAUAGGUGUUCACCCCAUCAUGGCCCAUCUGUGCCGGGUUGACGGGGGCCAGAUGGCAGGAACAGCAUUCAUGUUCAUCAACCUGGUGCUGUAUCUGGGAAGUUUCUUUGGUUCCUUGAGAAUGUGGAGGCAUGAGGCGGCACGCAGGGAAAGGAAGCAUUUUGAGAACCAGUACCAAGAAGAGUCCAUCCCUCUGGGGUGUCCUAAAACAAAGCCAAUGUCAUUCAGGGAUGAAAUGGACAAGACUGUGAGAAAAAAUGACAUCGGUCCUGAGGCGACUGUUCCUGAUGCACAUAAGAAUCCAGUCAGCAUGAUGAGAGACACAGUCACCAAAUACACCCCCAGCACACACGUAGUGGCAGACUACAUCAUAAAAUACCCAGAGGUCAGUUCUUUACAACAACGGGAAAUGUACAAAGCUGUCUUCAAUGAUCAGUAUCAGGAAUACAGAGACCUUUACAGAGACAUCAGCACCAGCCUGGAUAAGUUCCGAGAGCUAGAUGCUAUGAUGGCACAACUCAUUCGGGAUGGAAAAAGCCAAGAGGAUCACCAGAGGAUUCAAAUAAUUUUGAAAAACUAUCAGCAGAAAAAAAAUGAUCCUGCCUUACUGGACAAAAAGGAACGCUGUGACUAUCUGAAAUCCAAAUUACGCCACAUCAAAAACCAGAUCAGCACAUUUGACCAGGAAAUACUAAAAAAUGAUAACAAAAACAGAAGAGCACUGUCAUAAUUUCUACCACUGUUUUGUGUUUGUGAAUUCCCUUUAUGUAAUGUAAAUUAACCUGCCAAUAAUUACUGUUUCAUAUAAACAUUUGUACAAUAAAGUUUUUAUUUUCCCAAACAUUUUCUGCAGCGCCCCCUUGUAAAUAAAACUAUUGCAUAGACCUCACGUUUCUCACUA